CACCAAUGACCACAAAAAUGCCAACGACCCCAACGACCACGACGACCACAACGACCACCACAGUUACUACCAUUCUCACAACAACCACAGUGACGACAGUUGUCACGGAGCCUGAGGUUGUUCCAGAGGAGGAGACCACAGUGGCCAUUAUUGUCACUGAGAGCCCAGUUCCCAGCAGUCCUCUCUUGUGCCUUGCACUCAUCCCAUCCUUGCUCAUGAUCCCGUUGCUCCUGGUCUGCAUCUGCUGCUGCAAGAGGAUCGUCAAGGAGCCACCAGCAACCCAGAAACAAGAAAAGAAACCAUGUGCCAUACAGCCAUGUACCAGGGUGAUCUUUCCCCACUGUGAGUGCCAGGAAGACAGCACAAGACCAAUGGAGGGGAGAGGCAUCAGCUGCACCUUAAUGGAACGCCACCCCUCGCAAAUGCUCUAUGGCCCAAACGUCUGCCUUCCACCCAGCCAGGAGCGCUUCCCCCUCAACAGCUGGUGCUCGCGUUGUCAACAUGCUCCACCCAUAUGCUCUCAGCCACCCUCCAGGAUGCCACUACUGAUCCCUCCCCGUGCCCUGGAGCUCUGCAGAGCUACUUUGUCACUCCCACCCCCAUAGCCCAAAACCCAAAAUACCAAAAAUACAAAAUUGUUAAGAGCCCCUUUUGUACUGA